UUUAACAGUUUCAUUUCCCUCCAUUAGAGUCUCAGAUGUCUCUGAUUUGAUGUGACAGGCUCCAUGCAGAGUAAUGUGACCAAUUGAAUCAUCCUCGCCCCGGAGCUGGAAGCUGCAGAUCGGAGGAGCAGAGAGCGCCGCGCUCAGUCUGGCUCCUACACCAGAAAACUCUGCUCAGGACUCUCUGGGAUUUUACAGCUGUCCUCAAAGGAACUAGUGUCUCUCCGUCCAUCUGCCUGCUCGGCAGACCUCAGACCAGCUCUCAGGUGGAAAGGUCAGAGGGCCCUGUUCAGCCCUGACUGCAGCUCCAGGAUCAUCCUCAACUUGACUCAACCUGCAACCAUGACAACCAAAUCCACCAGCAGUGUCCUGGGUGGGAAGGCUUCCUCCUCUCCUCUCCUGUCCUCUCCGCCACGCCAGCGCCUGGUCACCAAAGACGGACACUGUGCCCUCCGCCCCCCCCUGUGUCCCUCAGGCUCGUGGCGUGGGGCGUCCGGCAGGGCCUGGCUGCUGGCCCUGCAGGACCUCUGGGGACUGUUGGUGGGUCUGCGCUGGAGGUGGGUCCUGCUGGCCUUCUGUGCCUCCUUCCUGGCCCACUGGCUGCUGUUUGCCUGUCUCUGGUACCUGCUGGCCCACCUCAACGGAGAUCUGGCGGUACAGGAUCACGACGCCCCUCCCCAGGGGCAUGUCGUUUGUGUGAAACACAUCACCAGCUUCACUGCCGCCUUUUCCUUCUCCCUGGAGACCCAACUGACCAUCGGCUAUGGCACCAUGUUCCCCAGCGGGGACUGUCCCAGUGCCAUAGCUCUGCUGGCUGUGCAGAUGCUGCUGGGGCUGAUGCUGGAGGCGUUCAUCACAGGUGCUUUCGUAGCCAAGAUUGCUCGUCCCCAGAAGCGAGCAGGAGCCAUCCAGUUCAGCCCCCAGGCGGUGGUGGGCCAACACCAAGGCCAGACAUGCCUUAUGCUCCGAGCCACCAACCUGCUGCAGCGCCCUCUGGUGGACGUGAAGGUGAGUGCAGUGCUCUAUGAGGAGCACGAGGGUCAGGCCCUCCACCAGACCUCCCUGGACUUCCACUUGGACAGUCUGGGCCAACAGCCCUGUCCCUUCUUCAUCUUCCCACUCACCUUUUACCACCCCUUGGAUCGCCGGAGCCCCCUUUACCCUGCCCUGUGCGAGGGCAUGUCCAACCACUUUGAGUUGGUGGUCUUCUUGUCGGCCCUGCAAGAGGGAACUGGGGACUCCUGUCAGAAGAGGACCUCCUACCUGCGCCAAGAAAUCCAGUUUGACCGUCGCUUUGUGCCAGCGCUGGGGCUGGAUGCUCGGGGGAGGUACAUGGUGAGCACGCAGCACUUUGACACCGCCCACUCCAAGGAGCCUUUGAACAAGGACUGUGUGGUGCAGAUCAAUGGAGACGGCAGCGACCGGAUGGAGUGA